UGCUGACAGCCUGAGGUGACGUUGGGAACUACUACUAUGGCCAAGGACACCCGAUGAAACCCCACAGGAUCCGGAUGACCCACAACCUCCUGCUGUGCCUCUACAGGAAGAUGGAGAUAUAUCGCCCUCACAAGGCAAACGCAGAAGAAAUGACCAAGUACCACAGUGAUGACUACAUCAAAUUUCUGAGAUCUAUUCGCCCCGAUAACAUGUCUGAGUACAGCAAGCAGAUGCAAAGAUUCAACGUUGGGGAGGACUGCCCUGUGUUCGAUGGCUUGUUUGAGUUUUGUCAGCUCUCUGCUGGAGGCUCAGUUGCCAGUGCUGUGAAGCUGAACAAGCAGCAGACUGAUAUUGCUGUGAAUUGGGCGGGAGGCCUUCACCACGCAAAGAAAUCAGAGGCUUCUGGCUUCUGUUAUGUCAACGAUAUCGUCUUGGCUAUCUUGGAGCUCCUGAAGUAUCACCAGAGAGUGCUGUAUAUCGACAUUGAUAUUCACCACGGGGACGGCGUGGAGGAAGCCUUUUAUACCACAGACCGAGUCAUGACCGUGUCCUUCCAUAAGUACGGGGAAUACUUCCCAGGAACAGGGGACCUGCGGGAUAUCGGUGCAGGCAAAGGCAAGUACUACGCUGUCAACUAUCCCCUGCGGGAUGGGAUUGAUGACGAGUCCUACGAAGCAAUAUUCAAGCCAGUGAUCUCUAAAGUGAUGGAGACGUUCCAGCCUAGCGCAGUUGUCUUGCAGUGCGGCUCAGAUUCUCUGUCAGGGGACAGGCUGGGUUGUUUUAAUCUGACCAUCAAAGGUCAUGCCAAGUGCGUGGAGUUUGUCAAAAGUUUUAAUUUGCCUAUGCUGAUGCUGGGAGGAGGUGGUUAUACGAUCCGCAACGUGGCGAGGUGCUGGACCUACGAGACUGCUGUGGCUUUGGACACUGAAAUUCCCAAUGAACUUCCAUACAACGACUAUUUCGAGUACUUUGGACCAGACUUCAAGCUCCACAUCAGUCCCUCCAACAUGACGAACCAGAAUACCAACGAGUAUCUGGAGAAGAUCAAGCAGCGUCUCUUCGAGAACCUGCGCAUGCUGCCGCACGCUCCUGGCGUCCAGAUGCAGCCGAUCCUUGAGGACGCUGUGCAGGAAGACAGCGGAGAUGAAGAGGAGGAAGAUCCUGAGAAACGCAUUUCAAUCCGCAAUUCGGAUAAGAGGAUAUCCUGCGAUGAGGAAUUCUCCGACUCCGAAGACGAAGGGGAAGGAGGGCGCAAAAACGUUGCCAACUUUAAGAAAGCGAAGCGUGUGAAAACAGAGGAGGAAAAGGAGGAGGAGGAGAAGAAAGAUGAGCAAGAAGAGGAAAAAGCAAAAGAGGAGAAAGCAGAACCCAAAGGGGUGAAGGAGGAGACGAAAUCCACCUGAGAUGGCUGCAGCUGGCCAUUCCCGUCAGUGCGUAGUUGUCGUAGGUUAGCUCCCCUGGUUGCCUCCCAUUCCACAGGAUUUAUAUUUUAUAUAUGUUUCUGUAUAUAUUUCUAUAUAAAUAUAUAAAUGACUUGAGAACUGUAAAUUAUUCCUUGCUGCACUCCGCUGGGAGCAGCCAGGGAGGGUUCUGCGGAGUGGACAGCCCUGCACUGCCCAGGUUUGGUGCCUGGGGAGUUUCACUCUUGCCUUCCGCUGCCUCCUCCGUGUGUCUUUGAAAAAUGAGUUCCUUUCUUUGCUCUCUCUCCUCUGAAAUAAGAGUAAUUUAAGUAGAAGUAGUAUCUGCAUUUUCAGGUUAGGUGGAAAGAUGGCCAUGAAUUUUUUUUUUCCCCCUUUUUUUUUUUUUCUUGUGUGUACUUGUUUUUUUGCUGGGACAAUACGAGUUCCCAAACGAAGCCUGUGAGAGCCUGACCGUCCCUUUGGUCCUCAGCUGGAUUCCACCAUGGCAAGGAACUGCGAGCUGGUGCCGCUUCUCAGGGUCAAAUGGUGCAGUUCUUGACUAGAGUUGGCUACCUCCCUGCAGCAAAACUGGUGGAGAGAGACAGAGCAGCUUCCAAGC